AUGGGUUCAAACACAGGGCCUUAUCAUCUGCCGGUAGUUAGCUACGCAGAUCUAGAACACAACAACCCCGAGAACCGGGAUAAAACAGCCGGGGAAUUUACCCAAGCACUCAGGGACUACGGAGCGUGCAGGAUCCGCGACCAUGGGAUCCCGCAGAAAGGAAUCGACAAGUGCUUCGAGAGGUGCCGUGCCUUCUUCGAGCGAGACGCCAGCGAGAAGAUCGCCGAUGCUGAGCGCGCCAGGUCCAGCCCGGUGGGCAUCAAGAUGGCGCGGUUCGUGCCGUACGGGGCGGAGAAGACGCGCGGGGAGCCUCAUCUCGAAGAAGUCCUGCAGCUCCGAGACGCCAUCUUCGAUGUAGCUGCUGAUGCCGCCUUAUCCAUGUCCCCCGAGGCGCAAGACCUGAUUGAUUCAGCGCGAGACCUGCACAAGGCAUGCGGCAGCAUCCAUCGCCCGCUGCUCGAGUGCCUGGAGUCCUCGCUGAGCCUAUCCCCGAGCUCUUUGACAGGCGUCCAUAGCAGGGAAAACUCGUUCUUCGCCCCUACGUAUUUCGCGCCGUGCUCUCGCGAGCAGGAGCUCCUCCGCGUCCCCGCGCAUAUCGACCCGACAACCCUGCUCUUCAACUUCCCAGACUCCCAUGGCGGACUAAAGGUCGCGGACCUCCGGGGGAUAUCGGGGACGGAGAAGAUAUCAGCCACAGAAGUUCAGCAUACGGCGCCGUUCAUCGAUGCGGGUUGUCAGACUGGGGAAUUCGUUGUUGUCGCUGGGAAUCUCUUGCGGAAACUGCUUGGGGACGCCGGGAUCAAGCAUGCGGUGCAUUACGUCGAGAGGCCGCUGGGGUCGUCGGGUUUCCAUCUAAGUUACUGGACUGUGCCGGAUAUGCAGACGCGCGUGCAGUUUGGGGGGAGAUGCGAGACGGUAGAGGAGUAUUUGGCCAGGGUCUUUCCGUCGACGUUUAAACAGGGGUAUUCUUGA